CGAACACAUCACCUGACUUUAGCUGUCACGAGACUCGAGACUGUCAAACUUUUUCUAAAGGCAAUUGCAGCUGCUGUUGACCAGACAAGAAGGCAAGAUGAAAGUGGCAUCAAUUGUCGGCGUAUUUUGUCUAUUAACCUCAGUCCUGGGAAAUGGAGAGUUCAGCAUCUUGCACAGCCCUAAUGGAGUCAACUUUAGGGGAGAUGAACAGCUGAAUACAAGUGAAUUGCCAAAAAUUAUUUCCACUGCAAUGGGGCACACAACACCUUUUGGUGACUCGUGGAAUGGACUUACAGUCUUGAAUCCAUUUAAUUACCCAGAAGUUUCAGUUGCUGUUGUUGUUGAGGGUGUGCAAAGUCUCCAGUUGAGUGAACCCAGAUACCCACUAGAGAUCACCUCUACUCUUGAUCAAGUGAAGGAUGAUUUCACUUCUAUUCUAGGCCAAGUUGUAUUUGACGAAAAUGACUUAUAUUCUGGUGAAACCCAGAAGAUUUUGGCACUUCAAAAGCUCAACAAAAAGGAUGUUGCUGUCUUGCAGUUUCUUAAAGAUAUUGAUGUUUUGAUGGAUUUAAAACAUAAGGUAUUGGCAAAAUCCGUCUUCAAGACUGUUUGGAUCCGCCUUAAUGGUUUGGAUGAUAUCAUCAGUGUCUAUGGUCAAGACUCUGAGCAAGCUUUGGAAGCAGUUACUAUUUUGAAAUCUGCUCUCGGCGAGCUUCAAGAUGCACUAGAAAACACUUAUGGCGAUCGAUUUAUCCUAACUGCCAUAACCAUUGAAAGACUUCGCCUUCGAGAAAAGAGGUCUACGACUUCGAAUGCCAAAGCAAAUAGCGAACUGUAUUGGAAGUUGAAUUUAUCUAAACGCUAUGGAUCGGAUUACUCAUCCAUUUUUAAUAUCCUUUUAUGGACAUCCGUUUUCUUGAUUGCUGCUCUUAUUUCCACCGCUGUGUUUAUUUGCACACUCGAUCCUGGUCGUGACUCCAUCAUCUAUCGGAUGACGACACAGCGCAUCAAAAAGGAAAAUUAGAGAAGUCACAUUCCGAUUUAUUUGUUGGCUUGAGCCUCACUGAUAAUAAUUUAGCGUGUAAAAAAAUGUUACUUUGUUUGGUGUACAUUUUCUAGCUUUUCUUUGUUCAUGUCGUAGCCAUAACUGUUCGUUCUGUGUGUGAUUACACAUUUAAACGAA